AUGUCCAGCAACCCCAACAAAACCUCCGCCAAGGAACGUGAGAUUCUCGAUCGCCAAAGACAACUAGCGGCAAAACUCAAGCCGCCAAAACCGCCAGCUUCGUCCAUUGGUAGUAGCACUUCUCCACCCGUGCCCCCUUGCGCAAAGGGUGAGAGCCACCGCACGUCGGCUCCUCCCCCGAACGUGAUUGAUUUGACUGAAUCCACCGCGUCCCAUCAAUUCGAAUCCCGUUCCAAUUCAUCACGCAAUUUUACAUCCCAAUCACGUCCCCUUCCGGCCAAGCGGAAGCGUGUAGAGCCCUCCAGGAAAGCCUCCUCAACGAGACCGGCAACCGACACCGGCUCUCAACAAGCCCCACCAACCAAGCCUUCAUCCUCCUCUAAUCACCCAGUGACUGUGCAAAAGCGCCCCACACUCAAACGCAAAGGCAACAUUCCUCCCGCGGCAGCGUUGAUGGCCGCGGCAAGGGUCAAAGCUGGAGCGAACGAUCCCAAACAGUCUGUGCACGCUACGACCACCGGAAGCAAAUCGUCUCCACGGCUUCAGCGCAAAACGGUAUCCACUCGCAACGCCAAUGCGGCGAGUGGGUCCAAAACAGUCACCAGCGGUAGUCUAGCACAACUGGUACAAAACGUAUCUUCAACGCCGCUGGAUGCUGCGAACCUCAGCGGUGCCGCAAGUGGUGUUAACGCAGUCCACGCCGACGACUUCUGGAAACAUUUGCGCGAAUGGGAUUUCGUAUCCCAGUAUGCGUCUUACCAGAGAUCCCAACGGCAGCAACUAGACACAAACGAUCAGAGUACCACAAUGCAGAAAAAGCCGCUUCCCAACGUCUUUUUGAACGCGCGUCACUACAUGGCAGCCUGGGCUCCACUCUGCCUGGCCGAAUGCCGGGCCCAGCUACUGCAGGAGGCUGGACUCAACGCAUCCGCACCUCUCGCUGUGCAGGUCCAAACCUCCACCAACGGACCCCGAAGGUUUCGGGGGACUGGUGAUAUGUUUAACGCCUCCAGUGGCUGGGAUGAACACGAUACCGGAGGAUACGUGACGAUCCAACCGCAACAAAGGGGGACCGGGCGGGGUAUGAAAUUCUUCCCACACGAUCUCGUCUUGUUACUGAUUCCUCCAUACGAACAUAUCUUGCGAGACUUGUCCCAAAGCCGCAAGACACCACCAGCACCACCUUUGGGACAAGAUCCCAACGAUCCUGCUGCCUACAAAGAUGUCGGACUGAUUGGUCACGUUGAAAUGAGUCGGGGCGAAGUGGCUGGUUUAACUCUGAAAAUUUCCAAGCGGUUGUGGGCCAAGCUGAGUACCAGGAACGGUUCCGCGCCGAGAUCAUCCAAUGCAUCUCCCACCACCACCAACAUGUUUCUCGUCAAAAUUGGGAGCAACGUUACAGCGCUGCGUGAAUUCACGGCGCUCUGUCAAGUUGACACGCUCCCGGUGCAACGGUACCUUUUGGCCGAACAUCUCGCCAACGCGCAGAAUCGUCGCAAAUUGAGCCGGAACCAAACAACGGAACAGCUCCUGGAACGAAUGGGCGGCGCCAAUGCGCUGGGCAAGGGCUUUUUGGACUACGCCGAACACAAGUUUAACGCAUCGCAGCUUACAGCCAUUGCUGCGUCGGCACACGAAUACGGAGAAGGUGGAUUUACUCUCAUCAAAGGACCGCCAGGAACUGGAAAAACAACCACGCUCGUGGCUGUUUUGAACUCCUUACAUAUUCGUCAGUACAACAAAUACUACGAAUCGGUCCGACGUAUUGCGACGCAACCCACCGGCACGCGUCAGGCUGCUUUGGACAUGGCCCGUCGCGCCAAACCUCGAUUGCUCGUUUGUGCUCCAUCGAAUGCAGCCGUGGAUAACAUAAUAUUGAAAAUUAUGGAGGAUGGCUUUGUGGAUGGACGGGGUCAACGGUACAAUCCAAGCAUGAUUCGUGUUGGCGUGGGUAAGGGUACUGCAGUAAAACCUGUCGCUCUGGAAACCAAAGUAGACGCUAUUCUGGCGGAGAAUAUGGACGCUGGCCGGCUGGAAACCUCGAUCGCGGGCUAUCGGAUGGAAUUGACCAGAAUUUCGCAGGACAUUGCCCGACUGCGACGUCGAGUGCACGCCAUGACGAACGCCAGUGCGUGGCCGCUUUCCAAGGAUUGGGAAAUCCGUAUCGAUGAAGAUACCUUUGACGAAACGGGAAAGGUGUAUUUUGUUAAUCACCGCGCCCACUUAACCACGUACGAAGCUCCUCCGCCACCAGAACCGGGAGAGACGCACUUCCCAGCUACGGCAAUGCCUGAGUAUCGAGCAUUUAUGAGUCGGAUUGUGAAGCUUGUGGAGAACUACUUUUCGGUAAAAGCGGAAUUAGAACGAUGCACAAUAGUCAAGGGAUCGAUGGAUAAUGGUACCAAUCAUAUUGAAGUUCGUCAAAACAUGGAAACACACGUCCUAAAUUCUGUACACAUGGUGAUGACAACUUUAGGGACGGCUGGCAACCGUGUCAUGGAAGCCGCCGACAAGUUUGAAGUUGUGGUCGUCGAUGAAGCUGCGCAAAGCGUGGAACCGGCAACUCUAUCUGCGUUCCAAUUGGGAUCGAGACAUGCUGUGCUAGUUGGCGACCCCCAACAGCUUCCAGCGACCGUCUUUAACAUUUCGGGACGCCUUUCUAAAUACGAUCGAUCCCUGUUUCAGCGUUUGGAAGAAGCUGGGCAACCCGUGUACAUGUUGAACGAGCAAUACCGAAUGCACCCCAGCAUUUCUCACUUUCCUCGCCAUAUUUUUUAUGGCGGCACUCUUUUGGAUGGGCCAAAUGUACGAAAAUCAGAUUAUGGCAACCCACUGCUUGGUAUGGUCACUCGGACUCUUCCAAGCUUCUCUCCCUUAAUGAUUCUCGACCUCGAUUCUAAGGAAGAACGUGGCGGCACAAGUUUGUCCAACUCUGGAGAAGCUCAGCUGGCCGUCUACUUGUACAUGCGAUUGAAAGGAAUAAGUCGAGGGUUGUCGGCCGAAACCAAAGUUGCUGUUAUUACUCCCUAUGCUCAACAAGCUCGUAUGCUUCGCGAGUAUUUCGGGGAUGCUUUAGGGCCGAACUACGAGAAAUUCGUGGAGGUGAAUACGGUCGAUGCCUUUCAGGGGCGAGAGGCCAACAUUGUAAUCUUUUCGGCAGUCCGUGCGGCGGGUAGUCACGGCAUUGGCUUCCUUUCCGACGUGCGUCGAAUGAAUGUCGCUCUGACUCGCGCAAAGCAUUUCUUAUUUGUGAUUGCACGCUGCGAUUCGAUUGUGGUAAAUCCAUACUGGAGCGAUUUGGUUACUCACGCCCGGAAAACUCACGCUGUGCUGAAGGUUCCGAUUUUUGGGGGCGGUCGGGCGCUGUCCUUUGGAGAGCUCAACGAAUGGCAGAAGGAAACUCCGAAAAUUAUAGACAAUGCUCCGACUGGACUGACAGCGACCGAGCCUCGUGAGAGCAAGCCGAUCCCGCCUCCACCCUCUCGACCUCCAGAUCCUCGCAAAGCUCCGAAGGCACCGCCACCACCUGCUACACCGGCAGCGAACAGAGUGGAUCCUCGAAAACGCUAG